UCUCUCUCUCCCGCGCACUCCCUCUCUCUCUCUCUCCCCGACUCCCCCGACCUCCACUCCCGGCGAUGGACCGCGCCGAUUACUCGCCCCGCAAAGUCCUCGCCGGCGACGGCGACCUCACGAGGGAGGCGUUCCGUGAAACGUUGCUCAAGGCGCUGCUGGAGGGCGGCUGGUCCUGCAUUCCGUCCCAGAGGUACCGGAGAAUCCACGCGAUCUAUGACUACGGCCUGCUCGGCUAUGACAUCAAGGAGAACCUCUUGAAGUUAUGGGAUCGGCAUUUUGCUCUCGAGGACAGCAUGCGGGCAGUCCCCUUGCCCCAUGCCAAUCCAGGUCGUCGUCGGGGGGACAACACGGUUCCCAUGGUUAAUGAUGAGAAAACUGGGACUGUCUAUCGAGCUGACCAUCUCGCUCAGAGAUUUCUGUAGGAUUCGAGCAUUAGUGCGAAGAAGGCUGCGGAACUCGAGCAAGUACUUGCGAUGUUGUAUUCCCUCUCUAACGAUGAAUUGGCUGCCAAGAUAAAAGAAUACCGUAUCACUGCUCCAAACAC